UAGAAAGGAAUAGAAAGCAAACGUACGCAGGCAAGCACAGAAGUACAGAAGUGAAAUAGAUGUGAUUGUGGUGUGGUCGGGUGGAAGAUCCUCUAAAUGUCAACGUUUAGUCGAGGAGAAGUAGACGAAAAGUUGGCGGAAAUGCGGCACUCUAGCAAGAUACGGACAGCAAAUGAAUAUCCCCUGGUCGGUGCGACGUUUCUUGACUGCUAGCUUGGCUUGUGGCAAGAAGGGCUGAAGUGUAUGGAUGGAUGUAUGGUGGAUCAAAGUCAGCCCUCGAAGAAGAAGAAUCCCCUUUUUCUAUCCAUUCGAUGAAUUGUGAAUUAAUAGUCGCCACAGCGCGCGUAGUGUUUGUGGCGUCAAGUACCGACAGUUUCGUGCUUAGCGUGUAAAGUUGUACAAAGAAAAGUGAACACGUUGAUGUUGAUGAAAAACACGUAGGUAAGAGAGAGAGUCAGGGUAAAGAAGCAAAGCUUAUUCGCGGGCAAGAGGUGGUGAACAUUUCGAAAUAACGACGUCAUCUCUCCCGCGUACUGUUCUCUAUUCGUUCAUUGUGUAUCUUACGUGUCUGUGCGGUUGCGUCCGUACGUUAUCUGAGGAGAAAAAGCGGCGAAACGGGAAAAACUUUGCUUCUCCAACAAAACACUUCUAUCAAACGAGUCUUGCGCCUGGCUGCUGCUCUUGUGCACAACAAUCAAAUGCUAAUGUUUCUUGAGCGAGAGACAAGCUUUACCAAGGAGAAGGAUCCAGUUGUGCUACACCGAAUAACGUCACUACACCGUUAAUUAGAGUUUAUCGUCGUCGGUUGUGGGAAACCCGUUAAGCAUCUCUCUCACCCGAGUGCGACCCUGUUGUGAAUCAACCGUUUGGGGUUUGGUUGCGUACCUCACCCGAGUGGAUAGUAGUGAACCCAGUGCCAACAGGCCAGGCAACACUGCAACCGUGAGAGAGAGAGAGAGGGGAGAGGCAAUAGAAGAAGAAAAGCGGUCUACAAGUCUCAGGCAGUUUCGGGACAUAAGUUUCGGGUCCAUAAAUACAAAAAAGAAACAGUCUGUUAAGAACGUAGUAAAUAGUUGGCAAACAGCAAACGAACUAUGGAACAAAAAAAACAUACAUCGCCCUGCUCACAGCACUUGGAGGUGCAAGCAGCCGGGGAAAACGUUCUUCUGGAUGACGAACCAGGCUUCAACUUAUUCGAAAACAUGCUGCCAAAUUUCCCGAUGGAGGAGUCCAACGAAGAGCUUCCGGUGCCGGAGCCUAAAGACGAGCUUUCGUCGCCGUUCGAAACCGGUUCGGUGUGCGACAUGAACAUCGACCAGCGACUCCAGAUUAGGCAUGACUGCAUGUGGUCCGGCGUGUGCGUAGACCUAUCACACCCGGAGAAGUUCGGCUUGGGUCUGGGUGAAGGGUGCUGCAUUGACGGUGGCGGUGAUCCGCUAGUGCUAUUAGCACAAGAACAGCAACGGAACCAGUUACAGAAUCUCGCACACGACAGUGGAAACGUCGCGGCACCUACGGCAAGCCACGUGGCGAAAGCGGGGAACACUAGUCCCAAGGAGAGCACGGAGACGCUAAAGCCCCAGCCAACGCCGUUCCGGGUUCCAACGACGGUGGCAGAGAUACCGGCCGGUAGCUCGUUGCUCAUCAAACGCCCACAACAGCAGCAGCAGCCACAAAGCCGUGGAAUAACCAGCGGCAACAACUACAGCACAAAUAUGUCCACUAGUACUUCCACGCUUCGUCUACCGUAUAUUCCGAAUGGCGCGUUCAUGAAGAACCGAGAACACCACAUACUGAGUGGUGCGUUACAUCACCACACCAGUUCCAAUACACCUCUCAGUGCGGAUGAUGAUCCGCCGGAGUUCAAGCACAAGUUGGACCUGGUCGCUACCUGUACCGUAGGUUAUGGUGAAGCACCAGCCGCUACCGUCCCUGCUGCACCUUCUGCUUCCUCGGCUGUCAGCAGUAGUGGCGUGAGUGGGGAAAACAUUGCACUAAAUUACUGUAACCAAACCGCCCAGAUGAUCCAAGAUGAUCCAGUUACAGUACAUCUCAAUGCAGGUUACAUGCGCAGUACAUCAACUGAACCGCUCGGCGGGCAGCUAUGGACCGCUGCCGAUUCAUCGGACAAUGGCUUCAGCAGUAACAGUCUUUCCCAACUACUUCACGAUCUCCGUGAAAUCGAAGAAAGGGACUCGACGACCUUGUCGUCCGCUUUUAGUUUCUUCUCGCAAACGAUUGACAACUCGUCGGUAAGAAGUUCCGGCGUGUGUGGUGAUCAGGGGAGUUGCAGUGAUUUUCACUACUGGAACGGAGGCAGCAGCAGCAGCAAUCGUAGUAUGACGAAAAGUAGCAGUAGCUUAGUAACCAGCGCCAGCUUAGCUAGCGAUCUGAACGAAACGACGGUUACUGCUGCGAUCAAGAAGGUCGCGUUGACGACGGUGACGACGGCACAUCCCUUCACAUGCUCGUCUUCUCGGAAUGAGAAGACGUUAGUGGAGAAUGACGACGCUGAGGAUGAUGAUGCACAGGAAGACGAAUUGCUGUUCGAUACCGCAACCAGUGGCUCGCCAGCCACUGUUAACAGUUCCUCGUUUGAGAAAGACGACGACGAUGAGGAGGAAGACAUGGUGAAACGAGGUGACAUAGAAAAAGAUGACGAAUUGUCUUCUGAUGCAUCGGUCAGAGACUCGCCCCGUUCUGUGGAUAGUUCCUUUACUUCCUGCUCCGAGGAAGACGACGACGAUGAGGAGGAAGACGUCGAGAAGAAAGCUGAUCGUCCACAAAAGCAUAACAAACGGUUUUCGGAUGCAGCAGCAAGGGAAUCAACCAAUUAUGUGCGCUGUUCCUCUACUUCUUGCUCCGAGGAAGACGACAACGAUGACGAGGAAGACUUCGAGAAGAGGACGUCAGGGUUCGGAAGUAGCAAUGGUUAUGGCCCAGUACGCGCCACGCGCCGUCUGGCCUUAUGGUGCCAACGUCGCCAGGACGUCACAGGCCGGUUAGGCGACGGCGGACAGCCCGCAAAAAAACGGAAAUUGAAUAAGAUUGAUUCGUUGUCGAACUUUGACAGAGCGACUUUGCCGCCCUCUGUCCGUGACAGUAGCGUCGGCCGACGUCGAGGUGGCGAUGGAAGUACGACGUCUUCCGAUUCUCUACCCUUCGAGGGCCACCAAGCGACGCACGUUGGAGACCACAGCUACACCCGGCCGAAGGGGCACUUUAAUAUGAACGACCUCGGCGUGCAGACGCCUUCCGAAUCGGGUAAGUUGUCGCCUUAA